AUGUACAGGCAAAUAAAAGUUGCUAAAAAAGAUCAAGAAGUGCAAAGGAUUUUGUGGAGACGUGACCCAAAGGAAGACAUUCGUUGUUAUAAAUUAACAACAGUAACCUAUGGCACAUCUUCCGCACCCUAUUUAGCAAUUCGUGUUUUGAAUAAAUUAGCAGAGGAUGAAGAAAGCAGUACACCAGUAGCAGCAGAUAUUAUUAAACAAGACUGCUAUGUAGACGAUAUAAUAACAGGAGCAAACUCCAUAGCAGAUCUUCAUAUUAAAUCUGAUCAACUUGUGACAAUGCUUGGCCGCGGAGGAUUUUCUCUACACAAGUGGUCCAGCAAUAAUCAAGAAUUUUUAAACACAAUUGCACAAGAAAAUCAAGAAUUAGAAAAUACGUGCUUCAUUGAUAAAACUGGAAUAAUUAAAGCAUUGGGGUUAUUAUGGAACCCGACAGAAGACAUUUUUAAGGCAACAAUUCCAUCAGCAUUCCAAAGAACUUUCACAAAAAGAGCCAUUUUAUCAGCCAUAUCCCAAAUCUUCGACCCAAUGGGACUUAUAGCCCCAGUCGUAGUCAAGGCGAAGAUGAUAAUGCAAAAGAUAUGGAAACAGAAGACUGAUUGGGAUGAAGAAGUUCCAGCAACAAUUAAAGAAGAGUGGAAAACCCUUCAAAAUCAGUUCACUCUUCUAAAAGAAAUAAAGAUUCAACGGUAUAUGUUCAACCAAGAACCAAUAAAACAAAUUGAGUGCCAUGGAUUCGCUGAUGCAUCAAUGGCAGCAUAUGGAGCAUGCAUCUAUAUUCGGGCAAUAUAUAACAAUAAUUCUAUAUCAUCAAGGCUAUUAACUGCCAAAUCAAAAGUAGCACCAAUCAAGAAUGUGACUCUGCCACGACUAGAACUAUGUGCAGCACUACUAUUAGCUAGGCUUUAUAAGCACAUAAGUAAGGUAAUCAAUAUACAUUUUCACAAAACGUUCAUGUGGAGUGAUUCAACCAUUGUUUUGGGAUGGUUAAAAACUGAUCCCAGCAAGCUAAAAAUGUUUGUUAGCAACAGAGUGCAAGAGAUUCAGGAAACAACAUCCGGAAUAAUAUGGAGUCAUGUAUCUUCACAGGACAACGCAGCAGACAUAGUUUCGAGAGGAGCCACUCCUCAGGAAAUAAUUGAUAAUAGAUUAUGGUGGUUUGGUCCAACAUGGUUGUUAUCAAAUUCAGAAUGGCCCACCAAUAAGUAUGAAGAAGUGCCAGUAGAAGAUAUGCCAGAACUAAAAGUGCUGCAAAUAAACCAGCCCAAUAUAAAAUCAGAAAACAUAUACUCAAAAUAUUCAAGUUUUAAUAAAUUAAUUAGAGUUAUUGCAUACUGUUUGAGAUUUAACUUAAAAUUAAAAUAUCGUCAUAAUAAAGAUACAUUAACUUUGAGCACCAGAGAAUUAGAUUAUGCUCACAAUGCGAUAAUCAAAUUAGCACAAAGAGAAGAGUUUAAUAAAAUUAUUCAUGAAUUAGAAAGUAAUAAGUACACAGGAUUGAACACAAGUUCAGAAUUAAAAGGUUUAUACCCAUUUAUUGAUUCUGAAGGAAUAUUGAGAGUGGGUGGUAGAAUAGACCAGUCAGAUCUUACAUUUUCACAUAAACAUCCGAUAAUAUUACCUAAAGGACAUCGGAUUACAUAUUUAAUAAUAAAACAAGAACAUGAACGUUUACUUCAUGCAGGUACUCAGGCAGUAUUGAUGAACAUAAGAAGAAAAUACUGGCCAAUAAAUGCAAGAAAUCAAAUUAAGGGUAUCAUUAGAGAAUGCAUCAAAUGCAAAAGAUUUCGAGCUGAGCAAUCACAACAAUUAAUGGGAUCGUUACCCAGAGAUAGGGUUAUACGUCAACGACCAUUUUUGUCAGUUGGAAUUGAUUAUGCAGGACCUGUUCUAAUACGAUCUAGUCGUUUAAGAAAGGCUCCUAAAACUAAAGCAUAUAUUGUCAUCUACAUAUGUAUGACAACAAAAGCUAUACAUUUGGAUUUGGUUACAGAGCUCUCAACAAAAUCAUUUUUGGCUCCAUUAAAGCGUUUUGUUUCACGCAGAGGUGUAUGUUCUACAAUCCAUAGUGACAAUGGAACAAACUUUGUUGGAGCUAGUAGACAAUUAAAUGAACUGUAUAAAUUUUUUAAACUAGAAAUCAACAGAAAAAACAUUAUUGAAUGUGUAGCAAAUAUGGGUAUCACAUGGAAAUUUAUACCUUCCCAUGCUCCACACUUUGGAGGCCUCUGGGAAAGUAAUAUCAAAUCUAUGAAACAUUACUUACAUAGAGUUAUAGGAUCCACAUGUUUGACCUAUGAAGAAUAUUUGACUUUAUUAAUACAGGUGGAAGUCAUACUAAAUUCCAGACCAUUAAUCUCUUUAAGCGAUGACAGUACCGAUACUAUAUAUUUAAGUCCCAGUCAUUUUUUAAUUGGAGACCUUAUGACUGCCAUCCCUGAACCAAUAAAUGACAAAGUUAUUACCAAUAGAUUAAGCAUACACAAGCAAAUCACAGCAAUGCGAGAUCGGUUUUGGCUUUUGUGGUCAAAGGCCUAUCUAUCAGAACUACAAAAUAUUUAG